AUGGCUGCCUCGGCCCAGCUGGGACAGGGUGUGACGAAGGAGCCAGACACUGCGGUCCUGUGGGCAAGACGUGAAAAUGUGGCGAGGACUGCUUUUCCUCCAAGGCUGUGUUGGGGUGACAGGAGGCUUGAUAAGGACGACCUUCGGCUGCUGCCUUCGGCCUUGGGCGUGAAGAAGAGAAAACGAGGACCGAAGAAGCAGAAGGAGAACAAGCCAGGGAAGCCCCGAAAACGCAAGAAGCUCGUAAGUGUCGAGGACUCCCGUCUCCACGGCGAGGCUCGGCAGACCUGUUCUCGGAGACCCGCGUUCCCUCUGGUCCCCGUUACCGAGGUGUUCCCGGACCAUCUGGGAAGGUUCCGAGUCUUCUGCUUCUAUGUUUCCAGGCCCCUGAUUGCGAAGAAGAAUCCUAAGAUCCCGAUGUCUAAGAUGAUGACCAUCCUUGGGGCCAAGUGGAGAGAGUUCAGUGCCAACAACCCCUUCAAGGGGUCGGCAGCUGCCGUGGCGGCGGCCGCGGCAGCGGCGGCCGCAGCUGUGGCUGAGCAGGUGUCAGCUGCCGUCUCAUCAACCGCCCCCGUAGCACCUUCCGGACCCCCCACCCUUCCAGCACCUCCUUCUGCUGAUACCCAGCCCCCACCCAUCCGAAGAGCCAAAACCAAAGAGGGCAAAGGUCCAGGCCAUAAAAGGCGGAGUAAGAGCCCCCGAGUGCCCGACGGACGCAAGAAGCUUCGGGGAAAGAAGAUGGCGCCACUCAAAAUCAAACUAGGGCUGCUGGGUGGCAAGCGGAAGAAGGGAGGCUCGUAUGUCUUUCAGAGCGACGAGGGCCCCGAACCCGAGGCUGAGGAGUCAGACCUGGACAGUGGCAGCGUCCACAGCGCCUCGGGCCGGCCUGAUGGCCCUGUCCGCACCAAGAAGCUAAAGAGAGGCCGGCCAGGGAGGAAGAAGAAGAAGGCAGUCCUGGGCUGUCCCGCAGUGGCCGGGGAGGACGAGGUUGACGGCUACGAGACGGACCACCAGGAUUACUGUGAGGUGUGCCAGCAGGGCGGGGAAAUCAUUCUGUGCGACACCUGCCCUCGUGCCUACCACCUCGUCUGCCUUGAUCCUGAGCUUGACCGGGCUCCUGAGGGCAAAUGGAGCUGCCCCCACUGCGAGAAGGAGGGGGUCCAGUGGGAGGCCAAGGAGGAGGAGGAGGAGUACGAGGAGGAGGGAGAGGAGGAGGGGGAGAAGGAGGAGGAGGACGACCACAUGGAGUACUGUCGCGUGUGCAAGGAUGGCGGCGAGCUCCUGUGCUGUGACGCUUGCAUUUCUUCCUACCACAUCCACUGUCUGAACCCGCCCCUGCCUGACAUCCCCAACGGUGAAUGGCUGUGUCCCCGAUGCACAUUGGAAAUCUUCCACUUGGUGAUGUACCGGAACUACCAGCGGAAGAACGACAUGGACGAGCCCCCGCCGCUGGACUAUGGCUCUGGCGAGGACGACGGGAAGAGUGACAAGCGCAAGGUGAAGGACCCACACUACGCGGAGAUGGAGGAAAAGUACUAUCGCUUUGGUAUCAAGCCGGAGUGGAUGACUGUCCACCGCAUCAUCAACCACAGUGUGGAUAAAAAGGGGAAUUACCACUAUCUGGUGAAAUGGAGAGACCUGCCGUACGACCAGUCCACGUGGGAGGAAGAUGAAAUGAACAUCCCUGAAUACGAGGAGCACAAGCAGAGCUACUGGCGACACCGAGAACUAAUUAUGGGGGAGGACCCGGCCCAGCCCCGCAAGUACAAGAAGAAGAAGAAGGAGCUGCAGGGCGACGGGCCUCCCAGCUCUCCUACGAAUGACCCCACGGUGAAAUACGAGACUCAGCCACGGUUUAUCACGGCCACGGGAGGCACGCUGCACAUGUAUCAGCUGGAGGGCUUGAACUGGCUGCGCUUCUCGUGGGCUCAGGGCACCGACACCAUCCUGGCUGAUGAGAUGGGGCUGGGCAAGACCAUACAGACCAUUGUCUUCCUCUACUCGCUCUAUAAGGAGGGCCACACGAAGGGUCCCUUCUUGGUGAGCGCCCCACUCUCCACCAUCAUUAACUGGGAGCGGGAGUUCCAGAUGUGGGCACCCAAGUUCUACGUGGUGACCUACACGGGGGACAAGGACAGCCGGGCCAUCAUUCGGGAGAACGAGUUUUCCUUCGAAGACAACGCCAUCAAAGGUGGCAAGAAAGCUUUUAAGAUGAAGAGGGAGGCCCAGGUGAAGUUCCAUGUGCUCCUGACAUCGUACGAGCUGAUCACCAUUGAUCAGGCAGCACUCGGUUCCAUCCGCUGGGCCUGCCUUGUGGUGGAUGAAGCCCAUCGGCUCAAGAAUAACCAGUCCAAGUUUUUCAGGGUCCUCAAUGGCUACAAGAUAGAUCAUAAGUUGCUGCUGACAGGGACUCCAUUGCAGAAUAAUCUGGAGGAGCUUUUCCAUCUGCUUAACUUCCUCACCCCCGAGAGGUUUAACAAUCUGGAAGGCUUCUUGGAGGAGUUUGCUGACAUAUCCAAAGAAGACCAGAUUAAGAAACUGCAUGAUUUGCUUGGGCCGCACAUGCUGCGGAGGCUCAAGGCCGAUGUCUUUAAGAACAUGCCAGCCAAGACAGAGCUCAUUGUUCGGGUGGAGCUGAGCCCCAUGCAGAAGAAAUACUACAAGUACAUCCUGACUCGGAACUUUGAGGCCUUGAAUUCACGAGGUGGUGGGAACCAGGUGUCGCUGCUCAACAUCAUGAUGGACCUUAAGAAGUGCUGCAACCAUCCCUACCUCUUUCCUGUGGCUGCUAUGGAGUCCCCCAAACUGCCCAGUGGGGCUUAUGAGGGUGGGGCACUUAUUAAGGCAUCUGGGAAGCUUAUGCUGCUGCAGAAGAUGCUGCGAAAGCUGAAGGAGCAAGGACACCGAGUGCUCAUCUUCUCACAGAUGACCAAGAUGUUGGACCUGCUAGAGGACUUCUUAGACUACGAAGGCUACAAGUACGAACGCAUCGACGGCGGCAUCACUGGGGCCCUGAGGCAGGAGGCCAUCGAUCGGUUCAAUGCUCCUGGCGCCCAGCAGUUCUGCUUCCUACUGUCCACCCGGGCCGGGGGCCUGGGCAUCAAUCUGGCCACUGCCGACACUGUCAUCAUCUUCGAUUCCGACUGGAACCCUCAUAACGACAUCCAGGCCUUCAGCCGUGCUCACCGGAUCGGCCAGGCCAACAAAGUGAUGAUUUACCGGUUUGUGACUCGAGCGUCCGUGGAGGAGCGCAUCACACAGGUGGCCAAGAGGAAGAUGAUGCUCACCCACCUGGUGGUGCGGCCUGGGCUGGGCUCCAAGGCGGGCUCCAUGUCCAAGCAGGAGCUGGACGACAUCCUCAAGUUCGGCACCGAGGAGCUGUUCAAGGAUGAGAACGAGGGGGAGAACAAGGAGGAGGACAGCAGCGUGAUUCACUACGACAAUGAGGCCAUCGCGCGGCUGUUGGACCGGAACCAGGAUGCGACAGAGGACACCGACGUGCAGAACAUGAACGAGUAUCUGAGCUCCUUCAAGGUGGCACAGUACGUGGUGCGGGAGGAGGACAAGAUUGAGGAGAUCGAACGAGAGAUCAUCAAGCAGGAGGAGAACGUGGACCCCGACUACUGGGAGAAGCUGCUGAGGCAUCACUACGAGCAACAGCAGGAAGACCUGGCCCGGAAUCUCGGCAAGGGCAAGCGGGUUCGCAAGCAGGUCAACUACAACGACGCCGCUCAGGAGGACCAAGACAACCAGUCCGAAUACUCCGUGGGAUCGGAGGAGGAAGAUGAAGACUUUGAUGAGCGUCCAGAAGGGCGUCGACAGUCCAAGAGGCAGCUCCGGAACGAAAAGGACAAGCCGCUGCCUCCCCUGCUGGCUCGAGUUGGGGGCAACAUCGAGGUGCUGGGAUUCAACACCCGGCAGCGGAAGGCCUUCCUCAACGCCGUGAUGCGCUGGGGGAUGCCACCACAGGACGCCUUCACCACGCAGUGGCUGGUGCGGGACCUCAGGGGCAAGACGGAGAAGGAGUUCAAGGCCUAUGUGUCUCUGUUCAUGCGCCAUCUGUGUGAGCCCGGGGCAGACGGUUCUGAAACCUUUGCUGACGGGGUCCCUCGGGAGGGCCUGAGUCGCCAGCAAGUGUUGACCCGAAUUGGAGUCAUGUCUCUCGUCAAGAAGAAGGUGCAGGAGUUUGAGCACAUCAAUGGGCGCUGGUCGAUGCCCGAGCUGAUGCCCGACCCCAGUGCCGACUCUAAGCGCUCCUCCAGGGCCUCCUCUCCUACCAAAACGUCUCCCACCACCCCGGAGGCUUCUGCCACAAACAGCCCUUGCACUUCUAAACCUGCUACUCCGGCUCCAAGUGAGAAGGGAGAUGGCGUCAGGACACCUCUUGAAAAGGAUGAAGCUGAAAACCAGGAGGAGAAACCGGAGAGGAAGAUCGAGAAGGUGGAAACAGAGGCCGAUGCCCCUAGCCCAGCCCCGUCGCUUGGGGAGCGGCUGGAGCCAAGGAAGAUUCCUCUAGAGGAAGAGGUGUCUGGAAUAGCAGGAGAAAUGGAGCCUGAACCUGGGUACCGGGGGGACAGAGAGAAGUCAGCCACAGAGUCAACGCCAGGAGAGAGGGGGGAGGAGAAGCCAUUGGAUGGACAGGAACACAGGGAGAGGCCGGAGGGGGAGACAGGGGAUUUGGGCAAGAGAGCAGAGGAUGUGAAAGGGGACCGGGAGCUUCGACCGGGGCCUCCUCGGGACGAGCCACGGUCCAACGGGCGGCGCGAGGAGAAGGCGGAGAAGCCUCGGUUCAUGUUCAACAUCGCAGACGGCGGCUUCACAGAGCUUCACACGCUGUGGCAGAAUGAGGAACGGGCAGCUAUUUCCUCGGGGAGACUCAACGAGAUCUGGCACCGAAGACACGACUACUGGCUUCUGGCUGGGAUUGUCCUCCAUGGCUACGCACGGUGGCAGGACAUCCAGAAUGAUGCUCAGUUUGCCAUUAUCAACGAGCCAUUUAAAACCGAAGCCAAUAAGGGGAACUUCCUGGAGAUGAAAAAUAAGUUCCUGGCCCGGAGGUUCAAGCUCCUGGAGCAGGCGCUGGUGAUCGAGGAGCAGCUUCGGCGGGCGGCCUACCUGAACCUAUCGCAGGAGCCGGCGCACCCCGCCAUGGCCCUCCACGCCCGCUUCGCCGAGGCCGAGUGCCUGGCCGAGAGCCACCAGCACCUCUCCAAGGAGUCGCUGGCGGGGAACAAGCCGGCCAACGCCGUCCUGCACAAGGGUAAGGGCCGCGGCGGCCCCGCGCGGGGGAGGGCCCACAACGCUGCGUAA